GAGAAACGGUGCUCGUUCAGAUCCCCGCCAUGGACUUGAUAUGAAGACAGCAGAGCUCAGACCCGAGCCGGCAGCCGUGCGCUGAGGUUGUUCCCCGAGAGAAAAGACGAGAUUUCCGCCGAGUGGGAAGUCAUUAAUGUUGGACACACUGAUCCAGCAGCACUAGGACCUGAGAGGCUGGGGGAAAGGAUACCCAACCACCAAGCUGACCCACCAUGGCCUCCCCCACCACAGACCCGCAGGGAGAAGGUUCCAGGUUCCCCAUCCUGGCACACAGUCCAUCAGAAGACAACUUGUUGCAACCCCCUCCUGUUCCUCCUGGACCCUCCAGGUCUCGGAGUCAGUACGAGAGGAUCGGAGGACCCACGGGAACCUCUUUCCUUCAGACUCUCAUCCAUCUUCUGAAGGGGAAUAUUGGUACGGGUCUGCUGGGUCUGCCUCUGGCUGUCAAGAACGCAGGGCUUGUGCUAGGUCCUGUCAGUCUGUUGGGGAUGGGUAUUGUAGCAAUCCACUGUAUGAGGCUCCUGGUUAAAUGCUCCCACCAUCUUGGUGAAAGGCUGAACAAACCCUUCCUGAGCUACGGCGAGGUGGUGCAGUACGGCAUGGAUAACGUCUCAUGGCUUAGGAGACAUUCACGUUGGGGGAAGCAGAUCGUGAACAUGUUUCUCAUCAUCACCCAGCUGGGCUUCUGCUGUGCCUACUUUGUUUUCCUAAGUGACAAUGUCAAACAGGUGGUGGAGGCAGCCAACACGACCACCAUCAGCUGCCAAGUGAACCACACCAAUCAGACGCAGGUCCUGACGACCACGUUCGACUCACGCCUCUACAUGCUCUGCUUCCUGCCCGUCAUCAUCCUGCUGGUGUUCACCCCCAACCUCAAGUACUUGGCCCCGCUGUCUCUGGUGGCCAACCUGGUCAUGACGGUCAGCCUGGUCCUCAUCUACAUUUACUCUCUGACGAAUAUCACAGACCCAUCCUACCUACCUAGAGUGGGAAGAGCCAAGGACUACCCUCUGUUCUUUGGAAUGGCCAUCUUUGCCUUCGAGGGGAUCGGAGUGGUACUUCCUCUUGAGAACAAGAUGCAGAACCCUCAGAAUUUCAGCCUGGUUCUCUACCUGGGUAUGGCCGUGGUCACCUUUCUCUACAUCAGCCUGGGUGCUGUGGGUUAUAUGUGCUUUGGAGAGCAUAUUGAGAGCAGCAUCACGCUCAACCUGCCAAACUGCUGGAUGUACCAGACUGUGAAGCUACUGUAUAGUUUUGGAAUCUUGAUAACCUUUGCCCUCCAGUUCUAUGUGCCGGCUGAGAUCAUCAUCCCGCCCCUGGUGGCACGCGUCUCAGAGAGGUGGGAGACGACGGUGGACCUCCUCCUGCGCACUGCCCUCGUCAUAUUCACAUGUGCCCUGGCCGUCCUCGUUCCUGAGCUGGACCUGGUCAUCUCAUUGGUUGGUUCGGUCAGCAGCAGCUUCCUGGCCCUCAUCUUCCCGCCCAUGCUGGAGGUGGCGACCUUUCACACGGAGGGCUUGUCGCCGUGGGUGACCCUGAAGAACACCGUCAUCAGUGUGGUCGGGCUGAUCGGUUUCGUCACGGGGACCUACAUCGCUAUCCUGGAGAUCAUCGCACGCAACGGCCAGAAGGACGGCGCCUUCCCCUCCUACCUGGUGCAGUGAAAAAGGAAAUCAGCGGCCAAUCAGAAAACGUUUCCACCCCUGCCGCAGACCCAGAGGCAGGGCAGCCAUGAUGCUCGGGCCCUCUUGUCGUGGCUGAACGUGUCAGCCGUGUUAGGACGAAGUGUAACACGUUGUGUCAUUCUGAGAGCUGUGGAUUUGUGCUGCUUGCUGUGUUGGUGGCCAUGUUGUAUAAUUGUGUAUGUUUUUUUAAUGCCCAGUGGCAGUUCAGUCACUCCCGUUAUGGGGACAGGCGCCUGGUGCGGUUGGUGGGAAGGCACCGAGCGGGAGCGAGGGACUCGAACAGUGCCUAACGGCCUUCUCCUGUCGUUUCUAUGGCAGCGCGUUACCGGCUCGUCGUUCCUGUUCGGAUCCGCCUGGGGGCGCUACAAACACACCUCUAUUUAUUACCGGAGAGCGUGGCCGGCCUUCGGGUCAGUGUGGUCCCGAUGCUGCCGAGCACACGGUGGGUGCCGUUCAUCGCACGACACGACGAAGAACACAGCAGCUCCUCCUCGUCUUCAUCACCUGGCUUUGCUCUCGUUUUAAAAAAGAAACACACAACUUUUUUUAAUCUGAUUUGUUUUGUUUUAAUAUUUGAAGAAAUUAUUUUCAUUCAUUUACAAAUGUGCUGAAACUUCUCCUUUUUUUUAAGGUAUUUUUUUAAAACCUGAAAACGCUCGUCGAUGCAAACCUACGCGUGUACUCCCGAGGUUUCCCCGGGCGCCGGGGGAGACUCGGACCUCGGCAUGCAGACGUCUGCCGCACUUAGCUUCGUUACACACGACCGUGUCAGGCGUCACAGCCUUGACCCGCGCCGGCUCGGGGGGCGACAGCACGAGUUCUGUCCUAAGACUGUGAUUAGCUGGUCAAGUUGUGUCCACGUCAUGUGUCCACGUCAUGUGUCCACGUCAUGUGUCCACGUCAUGUGUCCACGUCAUGUGUCCGUGUUGUAACCCUGAACGUCACAAACAGUGUGUAACCUCGAUGUGCCACAGCAGCAUCCUGAAUAAAGAUGGAAA